UUUUUUUUUGCUUUUAUUUUUUUUCCUGAGGCCACCUCUAUAAGUCUGCUUCUGAUAACAGUUUUUGCUGCAUUCUAAAGGGUGUGGUCUGGCACGUUCCUGCUAUCGUUGUUUGCUAUACGUUCCUGGAACUCUUAUCAGCUCAACAAUUCUGGAGUUGUGUACAACAAAUUUCACGUCUACCAUUUGAGUGUUUAUUCAUUAAAAUUGGCACGGGUACAUGAUCAAAACAGAUAUUAUUGACACUGUCUUUCUCUACAUUUUGAUGCUUCCAUUGCAAAAAGAUAUUUCGAAGGCAUCCUUGCAAAGUGUCUUGUCUUUUUGUGGGUGGCAGAUUCUCAUAAUGAAUUCUGCAAGGCGUUUCAUUGCAUAGUAUGUGGAACAACCAUGCCUUUUAUUAGAAUUAGAGUUUCUGGACUUGAUUUCCAGAAGUGGUAAGUACCCAGAGCUCCCAUUAAUUGGACUUGUGACUGCUCAGCACUUCUGACAAUCACCCCUUCUAUGUUUCAUUGUACCUUUAAUAUUAUGAUAUUGUUUUAAAGUGUUUUAUAGAAGUAGUAAAAAUGUCAUCAUAUUUAUCAAUCAAGCAUUUUGUGAAAACAUUUUGCCAAUUUUUGCUCUAAUAAAAGCAGGUGCCAAAAGGGGAGGGGCAGGAGAGUGAAGAUGUGUGGGACAAGCUAGGUAUUUUGCAGACACAUUUUGAAGUAAGAUGGAGCGACACAAGAAGACUAUUCCAAAUGACGGGCAGCAAGAUUGUGAGAAGGGACAGAGAUGAGGGCGAUGCUUAAUGAAGUGGGGAGCUGAGGACAGGGCUUUGGAGCUGUGCUCCGGCUCCGCUCCAGCUCCAGGCAAAAUCCUGCAGCUCCACUGCUCCGGAGUUGCUCCGUGCUCCAGCUCUGGGCUCCGCUCCAAAUCCCUGGCUGAGUAAAGGAUGACUGGGUUCAAGAGAGAGGCUGGAACAAGUCGUGAGUUCUAAAUGCAAGGAGUACAGUUUAAUUGCUAGUUUUGUUUUCUGUUUAUAGAGGGAAGUGAGAGCUCACUAUGCUUUUAUGUGCCUUUAAGAGUAUGAGAAAAGAAAGAAUAUGUCUGGGUAGAAAAAAUGCUGCUUUUUUGGUCUAAUUAAAAAGAAACUAUGAACCAAUUUAGGCCCAGAUUUGACCUGUUAUAAAAUUGAGUAAGGAAUAGUGCUCUAAAUUAUUUUUAAAAUCUUAAAAAGUAAGAUUUGUUUUCCCUCCACCCCCCAACGUGUUCCACUACAGUAAUUAACUGAGACUUUAACGCUCUUCACAGUGGCACCUACAUUCUUGCUGAUACCACUGCUAAUUUGGGGCACCGGCGUAUAGAAACCCACAUCAAAAAAGUCAUUAUUUGCCAAAUGCAGAGACAGGAUUGGAGCUCCAUGCCCACUUGAAUGGCUCCAUCAGUUCUGUUACUAUGAAGAAACUUCUAGCUCAGAAACAAUAUCUUCAAAUCCAUAAUGGAAUGACAGUGAUUGACAAGGGGAAGAAAAGGACUUUAGAAGAAUGUUUUCAGAUGUUUAAUAUCAUUCAUCGGAUUACCAAUAGGACCGAAGAUAUAUUAAUGGUAACUAAAGAUGUUAUUAAAGAAUUUGCUGCCGAUGGUGUCAAGUAUCUGGAGUUAAGGAGCACACCUAGAGAGGAAAAUGGCACUGGCAUGACCAAAAGGACAUACGUGGAAGCUGUACUUGAAGGAAUAAAACAGUGUAAAGAGGAGGAUUUGGAUAUAGAUGUCAGGUUUUUAAUAGCAAUAGAUAGAAGAGGUGGACCUAUCGUGGCAAAGCAAACUGUUAAACUUGCUGAAGAGUUCCUCCUUUCCACCGAUGGGAUUGUGGUAGGGCUUGACCUCAGUGGUGAUCCCACCGCAGGACAUGGCAAAGAUUUUUUUGAACCACUUUUCGAAGCGAAAAAGGCAGGUCUGAAACUGGCAUUGCAUCUUUCAGAGAUCCCAAAUAAAGAAGAGGAGACCAAAAUUCUCCUUGGUUUGCCUCCAGACAGAAUUGGACAUGGUACAUUUCUCAACUCUACAACAGGUUCAGAGGAUCUUGUGCAGCUUGUUAGACAGAAUCACAUACCUAUAGAACUUUGCAUGACGUCAAACUUCAAAAGUCAGACUGUACCUUCCUGUGACAAACACCAUUUUGGAUACUGGUACAACAUGGGCCACCCUACUGUACUUUGUACUGACGAUAAAGGUGUCUUUGCAACGGAUCUGUCUCAGGAGUACCAGAUGGUUGCUAAAACAUUUAAUCUGACGCCGUCACAGAUGUGGGACCUCUCCUAUGAAUCAAUCAACUAUAUCUUUGCUUCAGACAGUGUAAAAUUGAAGCUAAAGGAACAAUGGCAUAAACUGAAACCAAGUCUGCUAAGUAAUUAAACUAUAGUUAUAAGUAGAUGAAAACAGAAUAUACUAGCUCAGUUAAUAAGGAUGAUCCGCCUAAGAGAUUCUGUCUUUGGCCUUUUAAAUUUUGAUACAAUCAUAGUGCCCAGUCCUGCAGCCUCUGCUUAUAUGAAUUAAGGGCUACAGGAAGAGACCCUUAUUUAACCAGGAUGAGAGAGAAGUUCCUUUCCACGCUUUGUCUGGAAAAAGUCUGUCAGUGAGUAAAAUUCCAGAUUUUUCAUGUACUAAAUACCGUAUUCACUGUAGAGAAACU